UCCAACAUGCCCAGACUGUCUCAGCUGGCGCUCAGCGGGAACCGCCUCAAGACCCUGGACGGGACCAUGUUGGUGAAGAUGCCCGGGCUGAAGAAGCUCGACCUCCACGACAACCCCUGGCACUGCGACUGCCAGCUGGCCUCCCUGGUGCAGUGGAUGGGGCGGACCGCAGCCACGCUGUCUCCGCGGGACGCCGUCAAGUGCGUCAGUCCCCCGCAGCUCCGGCGCAGGAGCCUGGGCGGCCUGCAGGAGGACGCGCUGGUCUGUUAGACCGAGGCCUCCACAUCUGGACCAAGAGCGCAGACUACUGGACUUCUCUGUUCACUACAUUUGGUUCAUCUCUUCUAAACCUCGUCGGGUAACAGACUCCAAGGUUUUGUCCCCCAGCAGCAUAGAAGGGAACUCGUCCUUCAUGUGACCAGAGGCAGUUAGCUCCUUUAACCUGCUAACAGCUGCACGUCUCUGACAGGAAACAUGGCUGACAGAAGGCAGAGUGUGGCGUGGGCGUCUUCCUCUGCCGUAGAUAAAACCGGAGCAAACAGGAACAACACCACAGCAACACGAGCAGGAUGUUUCAAACAGCUGGAGACUGAACAUCCUGAGGCUCACCUGGAAGCAGAGAGGGAGGCGGACGUGCAUCAGCUGUAGACUGUAGGCAGCCCGGUCUGAGACAGUCUCCACUGGAAAACAACUCAUAACACACUGUUUUUUACUGAAAGUGGAAUAGAAUUAUUAUAUUCUACAAAUAGAAAAACAAGGCCACUGAAAUAUAUGCUUCAAAGCUGUUA